AUGGAACCCACGGGCGUGCUUAUUCAAGAGACCCCUACCAAUCCCCCCCCUCUUCCGAUGCAAGGCGUUCCCCCCGCGUGUGGGACGUCGGCGCCACCCCUGACGGUGCUCACCACCGACGCGAUUAUCGCCGAUUGCAAGAACAAAGGCCUCUACCGCAACCCCGUCUACAACGAUAAACUUUAUUUGCACGGGAAAGGCCUCGAUCGCAUCGCGACGACCGCCUUUGAGCCCUACACCGCCAUCCGGGUGCUUUGGUUGGAGGGAAACGCGCUGAAGGAGCUGCCGUGUGGGGCCCCGCGGAUUCAGGUGCGGCCGCCCGCAGGGGCGGGGGCGGGGGUCGCCGGCGGGAAAACCCCGCGCAGCGAAACCGCCGAGGACGCGGAAUCCGCCGACGAAGGCAGCUCCGGGGGGAAUGAAACCAGCCACGCCACCCUCCUCCUCCGCGCGAGCGAGAAACCCCCAACGGAAGAAGAAGAAGAAGAAGAAGGAGGGGGAAAGGGAAAGGGAAACGGAGGGGAAGGGAAUCGCCACGUCGAUCCGACGACGGGGAUUUUUGCCGAUCAGGCGGGGGAAAAGACGCUGCCGUGUGCGGCGGAGAUCCCGGUGGAUCGUCGGGAUGGGUUCAGCUCGCUCUACCCCACCGUCCGUCAACUUUACCUCCACAACAACUUCUUCCGCGAGAUGCCCGACCUUAGCCGGUUCGAACGCCUCGACGCGGUGAACCUCGCGAAUAAUUUCUUCUCCGCGGUGCGCCCGGGCUGCCCGUUUUGGGAGGCGCAGACGCGACGACGACAGGCCGAGGGUGCGCACUCCGACGCCGCCCUCGCCCGCAGCUUCUCCAAGAGCGCGCAAAAAGAAGCCCAGGAGGCGAUGGAAGCCCAACAGGGCGGCGAGACGAACGAAAAAGACGUCGAAAAGACGAACCCCCCGCCGCCUGGCGGCCUCGCGAAGGAACAGCCGACGCCGUCCAUGCGUGAGGCGGUGUUGGAUUCCUACCGCCUUCGCGUGGAGGUCUUCUCGCGGUAUUGCCCGCACAAACCCCUCUGCGGCCUCGAGGAUCACGGGAAGCUGCCGGAGAACCCCUCGCGCGCGGAGCGCAACCCUUGCAGCUCCCUCCGUUCUCUGAAUUUGGCGGGGAAUCAACUCGAAUCCUUCGAGGAUAUCGUGCCGUUGUUGUGCUAUAAGGCGCUGUCGAAUCUGGAUUUGAGCGAUAACCGCCUGAACGACGGGAUGGCGGUGCUUCUCGUGUUAGAACGCCUUCCGAUGUUAACCUCUCUGAGGCUGUCGAAGAAUCCGCUGGUGGCGACGCUCGCGAAUUAUCGCAAAACGGUACUUUCGCGCUGCAAGCAGCUGUUGUACCUCGACGAGCGUCCGGUUUUUCCGGAGGAAAGACGCCUCGUGAAUGCAUGGGCCACCGGCGGGCAGGAUGGCGAGGUGAAAGAGCGAUUGAAGAUUAAAAUGGAGAACGAACGCGAGCACAAACAGCGGUUGGAGGAUUUUCGCAAGAUCAUCCGAGGGUCCGCCAUGCGGGAGGGAGAGACGCACCCGCACGCCGCUUUUAUCCGAGCCAUCCAAGGCCUGGCAUCGAGGGAAGGAUCGAGGGAAAGAUCGGUGGAAGUCGGCAGAGAUGUCGGAGCGGAUUCCUCCCCAACGUCGAGCGAGGAAGAGGAGGAGGAGGGUUUCCGGGAAAAUGGGCAGCAAAAUUACGAGAUGGAGGAGAAUAGGGGGGAUGAAAAUCAGCGUCUAAACCGAACCCCGGCGGCAGCGGCAACACGCCCGCCGCAACCACGCGUGUUGAGCUGCAAUGCGAAUCUAAACCCCGGUGCUGCUUCUUACGAGGAUGAAAAUCAGGAUGAUAUUUAUGUUCCUCAAUGA